AAUUCCCUGUUCAUAAUCCACCAUUGUCGCACUCAUCACCAUUCAGCCCCCGGGCUAGAGGACUAUGUCCUGCGGAUUCAUCUCUUUCAAUCGACACAGUAUUGCGAGGUAGCCACUCAAUAAAUCAGCGCCCGCCCGUCAAGUUCGUUUAAGUCAUGUCGCGAGGCGGGCGAGGAGGAUUUCGGGGACGAGGGGGUGGGGGAAUGAUGGGCAGGAUAGCUGGCGCCAAUGCUUCCUGGUACGACGAGUUAGACGGCGAUCUCGACACCAGGCCUUCUGAGCUCUUUCCGCCUGUUAUUCCGCCCAUCGCAAAGCAGCUCUCUCGACUGGAACGAACACAAGUUGCGCGAUACCGCACAUUACGCGAUCGAGUACAUGAAGGACCGCUCUAUACAGAACUCGGAGAGAAUGUAGCAGAAGCGAAAAAGGCCACGUCCUCGGCAGCCACGGCCGAUCCUUUUACCAGCAUGCCAACCUACGGCAUGAAAUAUAUGAAGAAGCGCAGAAAGAUUCCCAGAUUAGACACCCGUCCAUAUGUUCUGCGUCUCUUUCCGGCAGAGCUCUGGUCGACGCUCGACCCACACCACGAAAAGUCCGAUGUUCCGGGCUCGAAGAAACGCAAGAGAUUGAUGAUUUCGACGAAUCGCACGGGUGCUUUGGACGAUUUGGAAGCCGCCGACGAAGAGGAAGACGUAGACGAUAUGGAGAGGAAGAAGCGCGCCAUUGACAAUGUGCCCGAGGUUGAGGAGGAAGAUGACGAGGACAAGGCCCUCGACGAAGAGCCCGAGGAAGAAGAUGUCGAUGACGACUUCUCCGAAGAUGACGAUGACAUGGGAGGAGACUACAACGCAGAAAACUACUUUGAUGAUGGCGGAGACGAUGCAGCAGACGACUGGGGCGAUGACGAUGGAGGCGGCGGCGGAGAUUACUACUGAUGCAUGUAACAGCGAGCGACACGUCUUCUCACCUUUUGCUUGCAUAAGCAUUGGCGUUUUUGGGUAAUUUUCGACAUUUACAAUACCGCAU